AUGGCUUCACAUCCUAUUUUAUCCAAGGCAUGUGGGCAUUUCUCUAUGCUCAACGAUGCUUCCCUCUUCAUCGAGAAGGGCCACAUGGACGGCACCUGGGUGACGGCCGCGUCGGGCGCCAGCUUUGACGUCGUCAAUCCAGCCAACGACCAGAUUCUCGGCGCUUGCCCCGACUUUUCGGUUGCCGAGGCGAACCGCGCCAUUGAUGCCGCCGCCAAAGCCUUCCCGGCGUUUCGUGACACGGCGCCGCGCGAGCGUGCCCGUCUGCUGCGCCGCUGGUAUGACCUGGUCAUGGCCCAUGCCGACGACCUCGCUCUGCUUCUCACACUUGAAAAUGGCAAGCCCUUGGCCGAGGCCCGCGGCGAGGUCGUCUAUGCCGCCAGCUUUCUCGAGUGGUUCAGCGAAGAGGCCCCGCGGGCCUACGGCGACACGGUGCCGGCCGCGAACCGGCCUGGUGCGCGCCAGGUGCUGACAGUGCGCGAGCCGGUCGGGGUGUGCGUGCUCAUCACGCCGUGGAACUUCCCUGCGGCCAUGAUUACCCGCAAAGCCGCUGCCGCGCUCGCCGCUGGGUGCACGGCCGUCAUCAAGCCCGCCGGCGAGACGCCCUUUACGGCCAACGCACUGGUCGAGCUGGCCCGCCGGGCAGGUGUGCCGCGGGGCGUGCUGAAUGUUGUGACGGCCAGCGCAGCGCAGACGCCCGCCGUCGGCGCAGCGCUGACAUCGUCGCCGCGUGUCCACAAGGUGUCCUUCACCGGGUCGACGGCCGUGGGCAAGCUGUUGAUGCAGCAGUGCGCCGGCAACACGCCCGGCAGCACGCUCAAAAAGGUGUCGCUCGAGCUUGGUGGCAAUGCGCCGUUUAUCGUGUUUGACGAUGCCGACCUCGAAGCAGCCGUGGAAGGCGCGCUGUUCAGCAAGUUCCGCGCAACCGGUCAGACAUGCGUGUGCGCCAACCGGCUGUAUAUCCAGGCGGGCGUGUACGACUGGUUUGCUGCACGUCUUGCUGAGCGUGUCCGCGGCGAAUUUGUCGUCGGAGACGGCGCGGUGGCCGGUACAACACACGGUCCGCUGAUUCACGCCCGAGCCGCCGCCAAGGCCGAGGCACACGUGCUGGAUGCCGUCAAGAAGGGCGCCAAGGUGUUGGUUGGUGGUACGGCCCGUGGCAAGACGGCCUCCUUUGUUCAGCCCACCGUCUUGGCCGACGUCACCUCUGAUAUGCAGAUUGCAUCGGAAGAGACUUUUGGUCCCGUGGCCGGUCUCUUCCGGUUCACGACCGAGGCCGAGGUUCUCGAUCUCGCGAACAGCACGGAGUUUGGCUUGGCCGCGUACGUCUUCAGCCAGGACGUGCAUCGGGCGUGGCGCGUGGCUCGGGCCCUGGAUGCUGGCAUGGUUGGCCUUAACACGGGCGUAAUCAGCGAUGCGGCGGCGCCGUUCGGCGGUGUCAAGUCGAGCGGGUUUGGUCGGGAGGGCAGCAAGUACGGCAUUGAAGAGUACAUGACGGUCAAGACCAUCACACUGGGUGCCGAGAGGGUGAAGAGUCGCUUGUAG